AUGCUGGUAAAAAAGGGGGUCUUUUCGAGGAAAAACCAGGAAGAUCAGGUACGUGGCAACGUUCUUACCAUUGUAAGCGUUGUGAAAGAACGCGAUGAAGGGAUGUAUCAAUGCGCAGCGACAAAUCAGCACGGAACUACUUUUAGCACCGGGCAGCUGAAGGUUCUAUCUUUCGCACCAAACUUCCAUCGCUUUCCGAUGCGUCAAACAAUGCUGGCUCCACUGGGCGGAAAUAUCACGAUUCCAUGUGACAUAGAGGGCGCACCACUACCACAGGUUGAAUGGUUGAAAAACAAUGCCAAUCUUAACUUGGUACCAGGUGAUCUGAAUGGUCGGAUUGGUAUGAAUCUAGAUUACGGAUUGGUGUUUACAAGCGUCGAGUAUUCAGAUCGAGGCUUUUAUACAUGUAAAGGGACGAACGGCCUUGGCACAGCCGUCAAUUCUACUCAAUUAAAUAUCAUGGACGGUUUAACAAUAACUCGGCCACCAACCGGUGCUACGGUGGAGGUGAAUAGAACAGCGUUCAUGUAUUGUCAAGCAGCAUACGGCAGUUCUUAUGACUUGACCUACGUGUGGAAUUUUAAUGGACGGGUCAUAGAUUACAAUUUAUCACCAGAAUAUGUGAAUGGAAAGCAGAAUGAUCUGAAUGGGUUAUAUAUUACAAACGCCCAGUAUAAAAACGCAGGAAAAUAUGAAUGUGAAGCACGUACUACCAUGCAGACGGUGCGAGUGUCCGCGUUCCUAGAAGUUAAAGGGCCACCUGUGGCACCAGCCGGUGUGUACGUGGACAAGGAGUCUGUCACUACACAGUCUGUGAUGCUGAUUUGGUCUAUGACGUCAGAGAUGGGUCACGGCGGGUCUAUCACAAGCUAUGAUAUUGAGGCUGAAACCAAUUUUCACCCUGGCGUGUGGACAACAGUUGCCUCAGACUACAGACGUCCGCCAUCAGUGAACAGUAAAGGACGCCCUGUAUUACCGUACAUUUUCAUACUAUGGUUCACGUUGUUUUACUGCAUAUUGGAUCCGUCGGAACACUGUGGACCUAAUCUGGCGUACUAUAUAUACUGGAAGAAGCUUGACGACGCCACAGACUGGCGUAAGGAGGAUGGAAAAAAUAAGUUGGCACUUGAGGACGGUAAAUACGUUGUUACUGUGGGAAGCGAGAAUUAUUACCUCCAGUACAAGGUUAAAGUCGGGGCUUACAACAUUAACGGACAUGGCCCGAACUCAUCCGAGGUCAUCAUAUACUCUGCGGAGGGAAUGCCAAAUAUAGUUCCAAUAUCCGCGAAUCCGGAUCAAUAUAAUGCAACGAGUGUGAUUGUGUCAUGGGCGGUUGUGCCGGAUACAAGAGAGGCCAUUAAAGGUCGUGUGGCCGGGUACCGGGUAUAUUACUAUCCAAAACUUGAUGAGAGCGACCCGUUCACGAAGGAGCCAGAUCCGGUAGCCGUGGGUAUGCAAACAAAAGAUGUGUACGGACAGACGGAUCACUGUCAACUUAUUGGCUUAAUGGCCAACACGAACUACUUUUCAAGAAUUCAAGUUUUCAAUGGUGCCGGUUUCGGACCAAAGGGAGAGUGGAGACUUUCCGAGACCUAUAAUGCCCCUCUACGUGAUCAUCCUACGCACAUAGCAGUUUAUCAUAGAGAUGCACAUAGUGUUAUAGUGAAGUGGAGAGGGGUUCUGAAUCACCCGGGGGAGGAAUCGUUACAGGGUUACAAAUUACGUGUAUGGAAGAUACAAGAAGAUAUACGGACAGCUAAAGAUACGUUGGUAGAAAAAGUAGACGAAGCGGUUGUGUCCGGUUUACAACAAGGCAGAGUCUACGUCAUCCGGAUACUUGGUUUCAGUAGCGCAGGGGACGGCAGUCUCAGUGAGGCCGUUUAUUUCACGGUUAAAGGUGGAAAUACACGAUCGCUUAAUAUUCCAUUCGACCCAACCACAUCCGAAAUAUGUUUCUCGGACGAAUAUUCACGCACCUGCGGAAGUGACGUUGUAAGGGCUGGGACGCUGUUGCAAAGGAUACUUUUUGUAUUGUUUCUAGUACUUUUAUUUUAAGCUCAGGGAAAUAAUUAUGUUAAUGUCUUUGUUGUCUGUUGUAAGACAGCUUACACCAAGGUGACAUACCACGUGACUUUUUGUGAUGUGCGUGGGGUAGAUAACCAAUACAAAAGACAGUUCAGGUUUUAGGUUUUGCC